AUGAAAUUUUCAGCUUUAACUACUACUUUUUUGAUGAAAAAUAAAACUGAACAGUCAUUACUUCAAUUUAUACACCAUCCGAUGCAGCAACAAAAUGAAACAUCGCAUGAGUGGACGAAAAUAGAAAAAUCAUUCAAUGAAAUGGAAAAUGCUGUGGCUGAAAUGAUCAUAUUUAAUCUGUUGAAAAAAUCUAUGUGA